AUGAAGGCCACCGUCGAAGUGGCGGGUUACACGACCCUUCCACUCCAACUCCCACCAACAUCCAUAUGCCCAACACCAGCAACCCACUACCUCUACAUCCGCCCACACGAGCCACGCAUCCCAGACCCAGACUCCACCCGCUCCCUCUUCAUCGUCAACGCCCCCAUCGACACAACAGAAGUCCACCUCCGCCACCUCUUCAGCACCCAACUCUCCGCCGGCCGCGUCGAGCGCGUAACCUUCGAAGACAUCCCCGUCAAAAAAUCCGGCAUCGCAUCCGCAACGGAACCAAAUCUCUCCCACCGCCCCAACAAAAAGCGCAAGCGCGUCACAGCCGAUGACCUCCAAGGAACCCUAGACUCAAUCAACCCCCCUCAACCUGGGACCGCGCGCUCCAAAAAUCCGGCGCCCACGCCAUCAUCCAUGGAAUCCAGCCUCAAAGCUGCCGCCAAAGCCGCCCGGAAGGGCACAACUCUCCUCUGGGGCGAAGGCAUCCCCGCAGACCGAGUGCCCGCACUAGGUGUGCAGCGGUACCUCUCGCACGAGCGAAGGCGGUACCCGGAGCGGGGCGCGCUGCUGCGCACGGUGAACGAUUUCAUGACUGUCUUUGAGCAGGUGUCUGAGGCGCGGAAGAAGGAGGAGGCGAAGAAGGCUGGGGAGCCGGAUGAGGAUGGCUUCGUUACUGUUACGCAUGGGCCGAAGCUGAAUUCUGUUGCGCGGGAGGAGGAGAUGCGGGAGUUGGUUGAGAGGCGGAAGAAGAAGGAGGAAGGGUUGGAGGACUUUUAUCGGUUCCAGAGUCGGGAGAAGAGGAAGGAGAGGCAGCAGAUGUUGCUGCGGCGGUUUGAUGAGGAUAAGCGCAAGUUGCAGGAUAUUAGGAUGCGGAGGGGGAAGAUUCGGCCCGAAUGA